AUGAUUGCUCUGAACGGAAUGGUGCGACGCCCCCUCCACGCGCCCCUCUUCUCUCUUCCCGCGACAAUAAGACAGCCGACCAUGAAUCCCGCCGCAUCGCACCAGUCGUCGCGCUCGUUAGGGGCAUCCGCCGCGCCUCUCUACCCCUCAGCGCCACCCAUCACCGCCUCCGCUCCCCCGGCCUCCGCUGCCUCUUCCACCAUCUCCUACCCCGCCCUCCCACCUUCCUCCGCGCGCUUCCCCCCCUCUUCCGGCGAACCGUACUCCUCCGCACCUCUGCGCAUGCCGUCCCACCACCGUCCCCCGUCCUCCCCCUCUGCCUACUUCCCCCGCUCCCCCUCUUCCGCCUCGGCCUCGUCCUCCUCCAUGAGCCUUGCGCGGAACGUCGGGCGCGGCAUCUGCGCGUCGUGUCUGGCGGCGUCGCUCUUCGCCGCGCUUGUCUGCACGUCGCUCCCGCUCGCCACGCUCCUCGUUUGGCGGCUCGCGCCCACGCCGUUCGACCAGACCCGCCCGCUCCUCUUCGAUUUUCGCCAGCCUGAGCCUUUCGCCGUCGCAUCUUUCCUUCCGCCCCCGCACACCCUCCUCCCGCCCCCGCCGCAGCCCCCCGCCUCGUCUUCCGCCGCCUCCUCCGCUUCCACUUCCGCGUCAGCAGGGCGGUUUUUCUCCGCGGCUCCCCCGCGCUUGCUGCAGCGCAACCAGCGCUACGAGGCGGUUCUCCGCCUGCGCCUCCCCGAGUCAGACCACAAUCUCGCGCUCGGCAUGUUCCAGAUCUCCGCGCACGCGCUUUCCGCCGAUUACGCCGUCCUCUCCGCCAACUCCCAGCCCGCCACUCUCCGCUUCAGCAGUCGUCCGAUCCGCGCGCUGCGCACGGCGGUGCUCGCGUUCCCGCUCCUCUGGGGUUUCCGCGAGGAGGCGCAGCGGAUCGAGCUGCGCGUGCUGCGCGGACUCGAGGGGAAAACGCCCGUGGCGGCGGUGCGCGUGAUGCUUGCGCCGAAGGCGGGCGCGGGGCCAGGCGCGGGGCUUCCGCAGAUCUACGACGCGGAGCUGCGCCUGCGCGCGGUUCUGGGGGGCGCGGGGGGGCUGUGGCUGCUGGCGUGGCGGGUGAUGCUGUUUACUAUGUGUGCCGCAGGGAUAUUCGGUAUGCAGGCCAUGGUGCUGCUGGUGUGCUGCGGUGGCGUGAUGAUACGGCUGCUGUGGCAGGGCGGUAGCAAGGAGAGGGACGACGGGAGGGGCGGGGGGAGCAUUGGGAGAUAUGGAAGGAUGGGGAGCAUGGGCGAGGUUGCGGGGAGAGAGGAGAGAGGGGAAAGAGAGGGAAGAGGCAUCAGCGGUAGCGGUGCCUAUGACGUCUUGCUCUCUGCCCCCCCCUCAGCUCCGCUUGCUGCCCCUGCUGCUCCGUCUUCUCUUCUUGGUGCUCCUGCUGCUGCUCCCUAUGGCCGGAUUUCGGCAGAGGAGGUGUCCGAGGAGGUGCUAAGGCCGGUGUUCAUGCAGGGGGGAGGGGAGAGGGGCAGGGGGAAGGGCAAGGCGGUCGAGGGGGCCGAGGGGGACGGUGGGGGCAUGGAUCUUUUGAGAGAUGAAGGGGCGAUUACAGGGAGAGUCAGGGCGUGGAUGGGGGAAGGUAGCAGCAGCAGCAGCAGCAGCAGCCUUGGCGUCGGCCCUACUACCCCUGUUUCUGCUGCCCCUGCUGUCGCUGCUGCCUCCUUGCACGCUCCUCGGUAUCCCCCUAUUGGCCUUGCGCCUGCUGCCGCCGCACCUCUUGGUCGCCCCCUUGGGGAUGUGGGCAGGGAGGGGGCGGAGGGAGGGGGGGCGGGAGUUGGGGUGGGAGGGGGCGUGGGUGCGGGAGUGGGUGAAGGCGGGGAGGAGGGGGGGAGUGACGAGGAGAUAGAGUCGCUGCUGGCAGCAGGGAAGCAGCUGCUGCAGGACCGGGGCCGACAGGCUGUGGCACAAGGGGAUGGGCAGGAGGAUGAGGAAGAGGAGGACGAGGAGGUCCGGGGAGAAGGGGAGGCGUGGAGGGUUGGUUUGAGGCAGAGGCGGGUGGGAGUGGGACGAGCGGGGGGACAAUCUGUGGCAGCAGUGCCGACAGUGCCUGCAGCGCCAGCAGUGUCAUUAGGUGGCCUUGGUGGGGACCCAGUGGCAGGGGGGAUGGGCAGGUGGGGCGUGGCAGAGGCAGUCAGUGCGUCGCAUGCUGCUGCUGACGCUGCGUAUCGAUCGGGGGUCGUGGCAGCAGUUGCGGCUGCUGGGAGGGGUGGUUCUGCGAUGGGACAUGAAGGGGGGGCUGUGGGAGAGGGGGGAGGAGCGGCAUGGGGAGCGAGGGGAGUUGGAGAGGUGGGGCGUGGUGGAAAUGAGGAGUGGGAGGAGGAAGAGUAUGAAGAAGAGGAGGAAGAUGAGAGUGAGGAGGAAGAGGAAAGGAGGAGAGAUGAAUCGGAGUUAGGGGAAGAGGAGGAGGAGCAGGGACAGGAGGGGGAUGAUGGGGAGUGGGAGGAUGUGAGAGAGGGUGAAAGUGAAGAGGAUGAGGAAGAGGAGGAAGAGGGGGAAGAGAGGGAAGAGGUGAAAGGGAGGGAAGAGGAGAGGAUGAUAGGGAGGGUGGAUGCAGCUGCGGCAGCAGCAACAGCUGCAGUGGCAAUGGUAGGGCUGGGGCAGGAGAGGAGACAGAAGCAGGGUGAGAAGGAGGACAAAGGAGGGAGUGUGUGGGUUCUAGGGGCCGGAGCAGCGGAGUGGGAUGAGGGCGAGAGUGAGCACGGGGAGCCAGGAGGGAAAGAAGAGAAGAGGGCGACGGGUAGGUAG